AAGGCGCACAUGCUUCCUCCUCCUCCUCCUCCUCCUCCUCCUCCUCUUCUUCUUCUUCCUCCUCCUCCUCCAUCAUCAUCAUCAUCAUCAUCAUCAUCAUCAGUGCGCCGCUGCAGCAGUGCUUCCAAACCUGCAGCAGAAGCUCCACGUUCAACUUUCUUUUCUCACACUGCGGAUUUUUCUGCCUUUUUUCGGGCUUCUUCUUCUACUUUGUGGCCUCUUCGUUGUCGCUCGGAAUCCAGCAGGACGUCGCUGAUUCGCUAUUGGCUGACUUUAUUAGCGCAGGAGGACACGCACAAGACAUUUGCACUCUUUAGGGGCUAAGGUGCCGACAGGAAGAGUGUGUGUGUGUGUGUGUGAGUGUGUGUGUGUGUGUGUGUGUGUGUGUGUGUGUCAGUGUGUGUGUGGGACCAAGACAGGACAGCAGGUCCCCUUCAGGAUCCUCAUCCAUUUUCAACAUUUUCUCCAACUUGAACCCCCAGACGAACAUUAGCAUGAUGUCAUAUUUAAAGCAACCACCUUACACAGUCAAUGGCCUCAGCUUAACUACUUCCGGGAUGGACCUCUUACAUCCGUCCGUGGGCUAUCCAGCGACGCCACGGAAGCAGAGAAGAGAGAGGACUACUUUUACGCGCGCGCAGCUCGACGUCUUGGAAGCGUUGUUCGCCAAAACGAGGUAUCCGGACAUAUUCAUGCGCGAGGAAGUGGCGCUGAAAAUCAAUCUACCUGAGUCUCGUGUACAGGUGUGGUUCAAGAACCGGCGUGCAAAGUGUCGCCAGCAGCAGCAACAACAGCAGAACGGCGGGCAGAACAAGGCUCGACCCGCCAAAAAGAAAAGUUCCCCGACCCGAGACGUGAGCUCCGAGAGCGGCGCCAGCGGUCAGUUUACUCCCCCCGCCAGCACCACCACAGUCCCGGCCAUCUCCACCAGCACGGCGCCGGUGUCCAUCUGGAGCCCGGCCUCCAUCUCCCCGCUCUCGGACCCGCUGUCCACGUCGUCGUCGUGCAUGCAGAGGUCCUACCCCAUGACCUACACGCAGGCCUCGGGCUACGGCCAGAGCUACGCGGGCUCCACGUCCUACUUCGGCGGCAUGGAUUGCGGCUCUUACCUCGCCCCCAUGCACCACCAGUUGUCCGGCCCGGGCUCGACCCUCAGCCCGAUGAGCACAAACGCGGUGGCCGGCCACCUCAACCAGUCCCCGGCGUCCCUCCCCACGCAGGGCUACGGCACGUCCGGCCUGGGCUUCAACUCCACGGCCGACUGCCUGGAUUAUAAGGACCAAGCCGCGUCGUGGAAGCUGAACUUCAACGCAGAUUGCUUGGAUUAUAAAGAUCAGACCUCAUCGUGGAAAUUCCAGGUCCUGUGAAGACACGACAGACCCUCAUGAAACUCUCACAGGAGGAGAGUCCUCACUUUUUUUUUUUAAUUUAUUUUAGCACUGGCAAAGUUCUUCUCCUCACCUGUAGACACUCAUCCAUGUCCGUCACACCUGUCGAGGACACAUUUUCCACCUGCGAGGCCACGGAACUAUCCCACUGGACCACGAUGGACAUGGAUGCACUACUUUAUUUAAGACAAAAAAAGAAGUGUUUAUAAAGAAUCAAUAUGUAGUUUCUAAGAGACAAUCAGUGUGUGUCUUAUAUAAAUGGUGUGGUUUUUUUUAUCUGUGCUAGCCUUCGAUACUGUGAUCUGUUGUAUUGUAUGCAAUCUGUCAGACCCUCCACGCAUCACACUCUCUGCAGCUUUUCGUGGGUAAGGGGGAGCACGCUAAUGAUUCGAUGAGACUUUCCAAGUGGUAUAGUAGUAAUGAUGACGGGUUACACACACACACACACACACACACACACACACACACACACACACACACACACACACACACACACACACACACACACACACACACACACACACACACACACACACACACACACACACACACUUGUCCACUGGAUCUCAACAUGAUUGUGGGUUCCAAAGAUGCUGUGACCUCCCCCAUUGAAAAGGCAUGAAUAAUUACAAUAAAAAAAAAAAAAGAAAGAAAAAGGUACCAUGAUGAACUUUCAGUUAAUCACUUCAUGUGCUUGUCGUGGACGAAUGAAACAAAUAGUGGAGUUAAAAAUACUGAUUUUCAUAGAAAAUGUCACGCAUUGGGUAUUUUUUUAUUUAUCAAAAUUGUCAUGUUAUGUUUUAUUUAAAUUGUAAAUUCAAAGUAAAUUACUUUCUUUUUUCCUUUUUUUUUUUUUUUUUACACUAACGCAGUAAUUAACUGUGAAGUUCAAUUUGGAGGGUGAUGUUUUAUUGCAAUAAUUUAAAUCCAGUAUUUUACUGUGGGGAAAAAAAGACUGUUAAAUGCUGUGAAGUCCUGGUCAUUUUUACACUGCAGUGUGAACAUUUUUACAGUGGGGGGAGAAAUUGUUUACAUACUCAUUUCAAACAGCCCCAGCAAAAGGAAAAAAACAUGCAGUGUUUAAUCCCAUAAAAAUAUGUUAAUUCCAUCAUUUUUGCCAUAGCAACAGUGUGCGCACAUUCAAUGCCCAAGUAUGUUUAAAUAACACUAAUUUGCAUUAAUGUGAGUGUGAAUGUUGUCUGUCUAUCUGUGUUGGCCCUGCGAUGAGGUGGCGACUUGUCCAGGGUGUACCCCGCCUUCCGCCCGAUUGUAGCUGAGAUAGGCUCCAGCGCCCCCCGCGACCCCGAAGGGAAUAAGUGGUAGAAAAUGGAUGGAUGGAUGGAUGCAUUUAUUGUGCAGAAUCAUCUAAAAAAAAAAGUAAAAAUAUACCAUUUCAUGGCAUUCACAGUAUUUUUUCACAGUAAAAUACUGUAAUGAAAAUGUACUCCAACAUUACAACAAAUGACUGUAAAAAUUACAAUACCUUACAUUCCACAGUAAUUAACUGCUAUUUCACAGCAAAAUAUUGCAAUUAUAGUCCUCUUUAAUAUCACAACAAAUGACUGUUAACUCAAACUGAUUUGUCUCUGAAGGGUUUCUACGUUCCAGACAGUGGUGGUGUGCUGUUCAACCAAGAGAGUUUUUAACAAUAAAAGUACACUUACAGCAUUUAGUUGUAACUUUAAUUAAUCACAAAAUCACAGCUUUGCAGUCACAGUAAAUUGCUAUAUUUUACAGUAAAUGACUGUAAAUGUUUCUUUGCAUGAAUGCAAUUAUUAGUUAGCAAUUUGCUGUAAAUUUGCAAAGCCAAUGUUUACAAUGUAAACAUGUUCAUAAUGUGUAAAAAGGGA